AUGUUUCAAGGCGUGGCGGCCUUCCUAGAGGCCGUUGACGAGCGGGCGGAGCAACAUGCACGACAACGGGCGGUGGAGGCGGAGACGACGGCUCUGCAGACAGAAAUGGCGGUGGACGCGGAGUCCGGCAACGGCAAUGAGGUAAGCUCAGUGCGUCGCAUGCGAGCUGCGGGGGAGGAGCAUGCACCGACGACGCUGGGAGGUAACCUCUCGUUAUCACCGCUUCUACAGCAACCCGUGGCGGCCACGCAGUGCCGCGGGGACACAAACCCGCACAACAGCAACAGUAAUGGUGGCACAGCCUCCUCGUCAUUAUCAGCAACGACAGCAACGGCGUCCGCGGUGGUGGCGGGGGACACAAGCAUCUCGUCGCAAGGAAUGCGGAAUCACGUUGAGGAGGGGGCGGCUGCGGCGACGGCGCUGAUGUUUCAAGGAGGUGUUGAGUCAGCGCUGCUGAAGCGAAGAGACGAGGAACUUGACGCGCUUGCACAAGACGCGCGGCGCCAUCAGGCGAUGGCGGAGGCAGCGCGGCAGGAACUGCUGCAGCGCUCGCUACAGGUACAUCAAUUGGAGGAGUCGCUGCGCACCGUCAGGGCGCGUUUUGACGAGCACAAGGCAAAGUCUCGCUGCCUACUUGAAUACAAACAACGAGAGUAUGACGAACUUCAUCGACGUCUUGAACUGCAGGAAGGAAGAACGGGGCCCACAGGCAGUGGUGAGAAGGACACUUUGAACGACAGCGAUGCCGUCGUAGCACGGCAGCGGGAAGAGGAGUUAGAAAGCAUGAUUGCCUCCAUGCAGCAAGAAAAGGAGCGGUUAGAGGCUCAACUUGCAGUUAGACAUCGCGAGGUGGACGCGGCGCACGAACAGCGACUUGCAAUCGUCCAGCAGUUGGACUUUAUGCGGUUAGAUUUGCGUGGGGCGCAGGAUGCCCUUGAGAGUGAGGUGGCGGCGCACCAGCGGAGCAAGGCGUUGUUGCAGGGGCGACAGCGGGAGUUAAAUGAGUUGCGGGCGGCUGUAGAAGAGCAUGGUGGCACCUUCACCGCAGCCGGCACUCUUGUCGGGCUUCGCGGCAAUGAUGCGGAGUCGCGGAACGAGAUGUUUUUUUCUCACCAACUGUUGGAGAAACAGAACGCAUUGGAGGCGGCUAUGCGGGAUGCAGCCGAGUGGCGGCGGCGUUGCGAGCGUGCGGCGGCUCGGCUUGAGGAGGAGCGCACAACACGUGUAAAUGUGACACAUUCGCAGCAGCUGAUGCGGGAUGCAGCGGAUUCCCGUCCGAUGUUCCUCCGGCAUCUCUCAUCCACCGGCAGGCUGAUGUCGGUGGUCGUUGAGAUGAUGGCCGCUGUGGAUGCGGCAGCUCUUCGCUUUGGUCGACUGCUGCGUCGGCAGCCUGUCAUGCGCCUUGCUGUGGUAUUUUACGUCCUCUGUUUGCAUGCAUGGUUCGUGAUGGCGCUGCUGAUGAUUGAAAGGGCCGCGAAUCUGUCGCAUGCGGCCAACAAACUCCACUGA